AUGGUGCAAGUACGAGUGAGCGAGGGUGUGUUGGAAGGGGAAUUUGUAGAAAAUGAUAUUGGAGGCAAGUACUACAGCUUCAAGGGGAUCCCGUAUGCAGAACCUCCAGUCGGUGAUCUCAGAUUUAAGGCCCCACAGUCUGCGAAAUCAUGGAAGGGUGUACGAAGCGCAAAAGAAUUUGGAUCUUCUUGUACGCAAUAUGACUUGUUUACUGAUAAGAUUAUAGACGGAAGCGAGGACUGUCUUUAUCUUAAUGUUUAUAGUCCUGAUAUCACUCCAAGGAAGCCACUGCCCGUAAUGUUCUGGAUUCACGGAGGUGGAUACAUAAGUGGCAGUGGUAAUGACGAUUUAUAUGGCCCUGAAUUCCUUGUCAGGCAUGGUAUCAUUCUCGUCACCAUUAACUAUAGACUUGGAAUCGUAGGUUUUCUCUGCUUAGACACAGAGGAUGUUCCAGGUAAUGCCGGUGUGAAAGAUCAAGUGGCUGCUUUACGAUGGGUCAAGAAAAAUAUAAUCAGUUUUGGAGGCGAUCCAAAUAACGUUACAAUUUUUGGCGAAAGUGCUGGUGCAGGCUGUGUAUCUUUACAUUUAAUAUCACCCAUGAGCAAAGGUCUAUUUCAAAGAGCAAUAGUUCAAAGUGGCUCUUCCAAGUGUUGGUGGGCACUAACAAGUAACCCACGAGAGAGAGCGCGACUUCUUGCGCGAAAAAUGGGUUUAGAUUCGGAUGAUGACAAAGAAUUGUUCAACUUUUAUAAAUCACAACCUAUUGACAAGUUAAUUUUAAAGAAUGGGAAUUUAACGUGGGAAGAUGAAUACAAAAAAGAACCAAAAUUUCAUUUCACUGUAGUAAAUGAGAAGAAAUUCGGUGAUAAUGAAAGAUUUUUUUACAGCGACCUUGCUGAUCUUUCGCGCAAUGGUAUACACGAAGGGGUUGAAAUUAUGACUGGGUACACUAAAGAUGAAGGUUUAUUGUGGUUAUGUUGGAAAAGUGACUUUGAUAAAAUAUUAUUUCAAGCUAAUUUCAUUGCUGAAUAUUUUGUCCCUAGAGCCAUGACUUUAAAAUGUCCUUUGAUAGACAAAUUAGAGGUUGCACGAAAGAUUCGAAAAUAUUAUUUCAACGAAAAAUCUAUAGAAAAAGAUAAAUUGGAUCGGUUGAUAAAAUAUUUGUCAAUGGAUAUAUUCAUACAGGGUAUGAUGAAAUGGAUAAAAACAGUUGCUGCCAACAAAAAUAAUAAAAUAUAUUUAUAUACAUUCUCAUGUACUUCGGAGAGAAACGUCAUGUCUAAUGUAUUUGAGGCAAAUCGUGUAGUCGAUGUCACAGAAGCAGUAUGUCACGCUGAUGACUUGGCUUACCUAUUUCCAUUGAAAGUAUACAAUUUAACUGUAGAUAAAAAUUCUAAAAGUUACAAGAUGAUUAAUAAUGUGACAAAGUUGUGGACGAAUUUCGCUAAAUAUGGAAAUCCCACGCCAGAUUCUAGUUUAGAAGAAAAAUGGAAUCCUUACACUUUAGAAGAACAACAAUAUUUAGAUAUUGGCGAGAAACUAGUUGCAGGCUCCUCACCAAAUAAAGAAGAAGUUGAGUUCUGGGAAAAUUUAUUAAGUAAAUACGAAGAAUAUGUGUUCUAA